AUGAAGUCAACAAUUGAAUAUUUUCAUCAGUUUGCUCCGGUGGUUGAAAGUAGAUUGGCCGCACAGAAGAAGCCCAUCGAGAAGCAUUUGUCGGAUUAUGUGAAAAUUAUGAAAUACACUGAUCUCAAUUCGUGGAGUGUGAAAUCAUCCGCACAGAAAUCGCAUCAGCAACUCUUCCGCCUCAUUAAGCAGUUUAAAGCAAGUCUUCUUGGCAACGAGCUUGUAGCCCCGUUGUUCGAUGAACUUCUUCCAAUGCCAGGUGUUACAGUGCUACGACCGAUAAAGUGUCCAUAUCCACAUACUGAGACAUUAUCAUGCACUGGUCCCAGCGAAUCCGUCACGAAUGCUGCAUCUGAAAUUCUCACUCGACUGGAGGUUGAUGCUGCUAAGCUGGAGCAAAUCGAAAAGGUAACUUUUGAACUGGAAAAUAUUUUGAUGCACAUUUUGAAAGUGCUGGCAAUAAAGCAUUGA